AAAACACUCUAUAAAGUCUUCUUCACGCGGGUAUUACUAGCGAAUAGGAUAGUUACAUUAAUUAAGAAGCCCAACCUAGUAUACCUUAAAGUAUAUAGGUAUAAGGCCUUCGCGAUAACUAACGAUACCUACAGAGGUAAAUUAAGACUAUAG